AAUCCAACAGCUCCCACAUUUCAGCUCCUCUUGUCUUGUAAUGAAUCUCCCGCGAUGUUCAUUCUCGUCCACCAUUUCGUCAUCGCAAGCAAGGCUCUAACCACACUCCACCUCCUCUUGCUCCGUAGCUGAAGCCUCUUCUUUUCUUGCCUGAAUCAAGAAUCCGAAGCUUAGACCACUCCGAAAGCACCAUUAUGGAGAAAAGCCAAGAACUUGCGCUGACCCAGAUGAGGAAAUCAGUUCAGAAGCUCGGUUCUUCGACGGAGGAAUUUGGCGAAACGACGCUCAUGCGGUUCUUGAUAGCCAGAUCGAUGGACGCCGAUAAGGCAGCGACGAUGUUUGUGAAAUGGCAGGAAUGGAGGUCGACAUGGGUCCCGAAUGGGUUCGUUCCAGAGUCGGAAAUAGGUGAGCAAUUGGAAGCCAGGAAGAUUUUUUUGCAGGGCUUGUCGAGGAGUGGUCAACCACUGAUGGUCGCCAAGGCGAGCAAGCAUUUCCCUGCGAAAGAUCAGCUCCAAUUUAAGAAAUUCGUAAUUUAUCUACUGGACAAGACCAUUGCAAGUUCUUUCAAAGGACGGGAAAUAGGGAAUGAAAAGUUGAUUGCCAUUCUUGAUCUGCAAAAUCUAAGUUAUAAGAACGUCGAUGCACGUGGCUUGAUCACUGGAUUUCAGUUUUUACAGGCUUACUAUCCUGAGCGCCUGGCCAAGCUCUUCAUUCUGAAUAUGCCAUGGUUCUUUGUCAGUGUUUGGAAAAUGAUAUCUUGCUUCCUUGAGAAGGCAACACUGGAAAAGGAAGAUAGUAUCGCUAUAGGGCACCAAGGGAGUGCAAGCACAUAUACAAAAAGAGCUUAAGCAAUAAAAACAGAGCUCAAUCACAAGACGAAACAUCUACAAUGUCAAUCAAAGCAUUUGUCUUGCCCAAAAAAAAAAAAAAUCAAAGCAUUUGUGUCAAUGAGUAAUUUUCCUCUAUGCGAAAAUGUAGCAUUUUGAACUGAUUGUUCAAUAGUUACAAAAAUUGAGGAUGCCUCUCCUUCAUAGGUUCUCUUGUCUUGAUUUCCCCACAUCUGCCAAAAAACAGAAGGAAUAUGAGUCUGAGGUGCUCCUGAUGAUAAAUUCUUGCUUGUCAAGCAUCCCCUUCUAAUAUUGACCCUUUAUCCUGAAAUAAAUUCUGCAGAUCGUGAUUGUGAGCAAUGAAGAUGAA